UAAUAAAAAAAAGAUUUUUGACAAUAAUAGUAAUAUAAAUACUUGAGUAAUAUUUAUUGGUUGAUAUGUUGCUGAUUUGGUUUUCAGUUUUUGUGGCCAAAAUCUUAGCAGAUUUUGACGCAAAUUAUGAGCUUAUCGAGAACUUUUUAACGCAUAAAUCGUUAAAUAAAGUUGUACUAGCCACUUGUUGGUCACAAAGAGAUAAUUAUUUAACAAUUCAAAAAUUUAGUAAAAACAAUAUUUCUGUAUCAUUUUUAAAUAUCAACUACUACCAAGAAGAAGUUUUGUUUAUGAAUGAUUACUUUUCAUUAUCAGUAUAUGAUACUAUAUUAGGGAUAAUUUUUGAUUGGUCCUGCUUUGAAAAUGAACAAUUUGAAUUUUCCAGCACAUUCUAUUGGAAUUCGAGUUACCAUUGGCUUAUGAUCAUGAAGGAUAAUACUAUUCCGAAAUUUUUAAAUCAGAAAAAAAUUAAUAUUACAGUUGACUGUGAAAUUAUAUUAGCAUAUCAAUAUGGGUUGAAACAAAACGAAUGGUUUCUUUAUGAUGUCUACCGCACAGCUUAUGAACCAAGAGGUGUGCUUGUUGUCGAAGAACUUAAUUACACCAUGUUUGGUAGAUGGGGUAAUCGCUCUUGGAAAUUCGACAAACGAAGAAAUUUAAAGAAUUUAACGUUAAAUGCUGUUACAUUGGUCUACUCUUAUGAUAUACCAAUGGAAAAUAUAAGAAAGUUUAAUCAAAUAUCUAAUGAUGAUCUUAUAAAAAACUUACAAUCGAGUGAUGAUAUUCGUCUAAACAGUUUUCAAAAAUUUAACUAUGCUGUAAUGUAUCUACUUACUAGAAAUGUAUUAAAUAUGACGAUGAAUCUAAUUCCGUCGUUCAUAUUGAGAAAUAGAUUAAAUGAUUCAUGGAGUAGUGUUAUUAAUACAUUAAAAAGUGAGAAUUCAGAUUUUUCCAUCGUUGCAACACCUAUAACAACUACGAAAUUAGAGAUAGUAGAUUUCUCGGCUAUAUUUUUAUGGAGUUUCAAACCUUGUUUUAUUAUUCGUCGAUUACGAACUUUGCCAAAUUCCAUUAACAUAUUUGUACGACCUUUUGAAUUAAAUGUCUGGCUUUGCCUCAUCGGAGUGAUUACUUUAUCUGCUGGAGUUUACUAUAUUAUUUUUUAUUUUGAAUCAGAAAAUUCAACAUUUACAAUGAAAACUUGGAGUGAUAUUAUAUUGUUGAAAAUCGGUGCUUUGUGCCAGCAAGGCACAGUUAUGGAUAUCAUCAAGUUUAGCAAUCGAAUAAUUGUUUUACAAUUAUUCAUAUUCAGUAUGAUAGUAUAUCAAUUUUAUUCGUCUAGUAUAGUAUCUGGUUUACUUAGACCGAUUUCCAUGAAAAUUGAUACAGCCCAAAAAUUAGAGGAAAGUGGACUGGAUAUUGGCAUAGAAAAUGUGAAUAUUGUUUCAUCGGUUGUUAAGUUGUUUAGUGAAACGGAUCCAUUUAUGAAAAAAGUUUUGGAUAGACAAGUUAAUUUAAAAAAUGAAUAUUUUUCUGCCGAAGAGGGAAUAAAAAAAUUGAAAAUUGGAAACUAUGCUUUUUUUACUGACCCAGCUACAAGUUAUUUUCUAAUCAAUGACAUAUUUACUGAAAGAGAAAAAUGUGAUUUAUUUGAGUUUCAAAUAAAAAACCCCGAAGUUACUGGAUACAUGAUUAAAAAAAAAUCACCUUAUAAAAAAUUAAUUAUUUAUGGAAAUAGCUUGCUGCUUGAAAUUGGCGUGAUAAACAGAGAGUUCAAAAUAUGGCAUGCAACCAAACCUCAAUGUAUAGAUAAAAAGAAAGUAACCGAAGAAAACUUCCUUAGUCUUUUCAAUAUGAAAAAUCAGAAAACUCUAAAAUUUUUAUGUGUGAUAAAUGUUUUCAAUACAAUUUUUGAUGUUAGCUCUAGCACAUUAGAUAUAAACUGUACUGAACAUAAGUGUGAUUUAGUUAAGUCUUAUUUAACCAACAGACACAUCAAAACUGCAAUACUAUACACAUUCUGUUGGACACCUACAAAUAAAAUGCAAACUAUGAAUGUAUUGAGUUCUCUCAAUAUUACAUCUUCGUUUCGCAGUACUGAUGAUUUUGUUCAAAAGGAUCUAAUUGAAAAUAUUUUAGAUAUUCCUCGAUAUCAAACUAGGCUUGGAGUUAUAGUUGAUUGGUCAUGUGAAGAAAGUAUUCACACUAGAUUUUUAGAUAGCGAUCUAUGGAAUUCUAGUUAUUUUUGGUUAAUGAUGGAUGCAAAGUUCGAUGUAAAAGAAAUGGAAUAUAUUUUGAACUUAAGAAAUAUAAAUUUAACUUUACAUAGUGAAAUUAUUUUAACAUACUUUAAUAUAAAUUAUAAAAAGUGGCAAAUGUAUGACAUUUAUCGCACUGCUUAUGCACCAAGAGGUCAAAUAAUUUAUAAAAAAAUUGACAGCCCUCGCUUUGGUGAAUGGGGCACACGAUUUUGGAAAUAUAAUCAAAGGUCAAAUUUGUAUAAUUUAACUUUAAAUGCUAUUAUUGUUGCUAACUCAUAUGGAUCCAAUGCAUACAAUACAAGCGAGGAUAGAUUACAAGGUAAAGAACUGAUUCAGUAUUUAAAGGAUUACCAAGUACAUAAUUAUGAUACCAUAAAUAGAUACAGCUAUGCAAUACUUUUACCACUAUCAGAUAUGUUAAACUUUUCGACAUUUAUUUUUAGAUUUACUUUAAAAUCAUCAAAUUCAUGGGGUGCGAUGAUAAAUGGUUCUUGGGAUGGGACAAUUGCAUCUUUGAUUAGUGGCAAAGCUGAUUUCACAGGAGUAGCAGCUUAUAAAAAUGAUAGACUUGAUGUGGUUGACUACACAGCUCUACCACUUUGGAGACACAGAUCAUGCUUUAUAUUUCGACAUCCUACUACAGCUGAAGGACAUCAUGCAUUAUUAAAAGCGUUUUCCAAAAAUGCAUGGCAAUGUUUAUCUGUAAUUUUUAUAUUGAAUGUAAUUGUAUUUUACAUUAUUUUUUACUUUGAGGGUCAUACAUCUCCAACAACACUUCAUUUAUGGCUCAAUGUUAUUCUUAUAAAUAUAAGCGCAUGUUGUCAGCAAAGUUACCAUGUAGAUCAAAAGAAACUAGCUAGUAGGAUGAUUUUUAUUUUAGUUUUUUUAUGUGGAAUGUUAUCAUAUCAAUUUUAUUCAUCAAGUAUUGUUGCUGGUUUGCUUAGUCCACCAGUCAAAUCAAUUGAUACCUUAGAAAAACUAGCCGAUAGUAAUUUUAAAAUAGGAAUUGAAGAUAGCUUUACCGAGCAUUUAUUAUUUAAUAAUAUGUUUUUGCAAAUUUCAUCAAUAAGGAAAAUGAUAGGUGUCGAUGAUUCCUCAUCGAUCCAUAGAGCCGAAUAUGUUAUGCACACAGAGGGUGCUGAAAAAAUUAGACAAGGUAAUUAUGCCUUUUAUACGGAUACUACUUCCAGCUAUUGGUUUUUAAGUAAAAUGUUCGUUGAAAAAGAAAAAUGUGACUUAAAAGAAAUAGAUGUUAUAAAACCAACAAUAUGUAGUGUGAUGUUGCAAAAAAAAUCACCUUAUACAGAAAUAUUUUCAUAUGGAUAUGUUAGACUAAUGGAAGUUGGAUUAAUUAAAAGAGAGCUGAAUAGAUGGAAUGGUACUAAACCAACUUGUAUCUAUAGCAAUAUACAAUCUGAAAAUGCUUUUGUUAGUAUAGCACUUGGUGAUAUACUUCCAGCCUUAUCAUUACUCUUCUUUGGUAUAUUAACAUCUAUAACAAUUUUAGUUAUAGAAAAUGUUACAAAUGUGUAUAAAAUAAAUUAAAUUUUAAAAUUCAUUGAUUUAAUUUUCAAAUAACACAUAAAUAAUAUUUUAAUUUCUGCAUUAAUCAUGCAGACCACAAAGUUCUGUUUCCUAUAUCACCUUUGAACUUUAAGAGACCUAGAGAUUUAAGACCAAUUUACUUUAAAAGAUUAAAUUUAUAUGGACUUCUUAAAUACAACCUCUACAGCUCUUAGAUCGAAUCAACCUCCAUGAUAAUUUAAACAACUAUGUAACUUUGACAUGAUCAAACACAAGAAAAUCAACAACUACAGCAAUAUAACUAACCUUUUUAAUUAAAUCGUCGAUUUUAGUUAUCCUGAACAUAAUUAUAUCUAUACGGAUGUUACUAAAUCAAAAAAACUGGGAGGUCUAGUAAUUAUUUAAGAUUAACACAUAUAAUAAUACAAACUCGCAAAUAAUUUUUGUAUAUUCUCAACAGAACUUAAAAUUCAUUAAAAUAUUGAUAAAUACAAUAGCAAACAACAUAUAAA